AUGCUCCGGACGACCCCGGCUUCGACAUUAAGUGCGCGAGAAUGGAGGGAGUGGAGUGAGACUCUCCUGGGCACGGCACUCACCGCGGCGAAACUACGGAUCCCCACCUCCGAGCUUGAGCAGAGCCUGCUGUGGCGUCAGGGGACACUCCCCAUCCGCCUGGGCGGCCUCGGGGUGAUCGACCCUAUCUAUGAGGCACCCGCGGCAUACCUGGCUUCAGUCACGGCGGCACACAUCCUACUGAGGCAGCUGAACCUGCCAACGGACUGCCUCCUGAGCCGGGCGUCACAGCUCCUCUCCCACGAGUGGGCCCCACUGCCACCUGAGACAAACCCCAGAGCCACGAUGGAGGCGCUGCACCAGGGGUGCCCGGCACGAGGCCGAUCAAGGGAAGAUAGUGCAGCAUCUCCGUCGCUGCAGCCACCGCCGCAGAGCGCUCAGCGGGCAACAUCCCAUCAACCUCCAAGCCUUGUCGUGCCAAACACACGUGAAGCUGGUCCAGUACGUACGACAGCAGCGUCAAACACGUCCCCACGUGCACAACGCGCUGCUCGACGAGGGGAGGCAGCGCGCCUGCAGGAGCAGCAGCAAGAGGAGCAGGCGGGACAGGAGGGUUUGGCGGCGCAAGAGGAGCCGGCGGCUGACGCAGUUGAGGCCGGGGCAGAGGAAACUGAUUUACGGGGGGAUGUCGCUGCUGCAGGGUCAGGUUUGACGCGGCGGGGGGAGCAGGGUGCUGCGGCAGAGGCGGAUCUGACGGGGACGGGGCGGGAGGCGCACUCGCCUGCUGCUGUGCCUAUAGCCGCCUCUCACGACGACUCAACCGCGCCUGCUGCGGGGCCGAUGGCGCCACCAGCAGACGAGGUUAACGGGAGCGAGUUUAUCCCCUCGCACUCAGAGGCAUCGGAGGAUUUGGUCUCCCUGGGCGACGAUGAGAACCAACAUGUGUCGGCGCAGGUGCGAGUGAGGAGGACGGAGCAGGGUGGCAUGCCACAACCACCCAACAUGCCAGCAGGACAGGCCCCAGCUGUGCCACCACAGCCAUCCGAGAAAUCGCCAGCUGACCUGGCAAAGGAUGAGUCUUUCUAG